CUAGGGACGGUUCUCAAGAUCUGUGCUUUCACUGUCGCAAAGCGAAAGGACCAUCCUCGUCAAAGUUCCCGCCACCCACUCAUCAACAUAAAAGCCAGACCCGUCGUAUUGAGCCGCUGCUGAUCGACUGGCCAGCUGACCAUACCUCCGCGCUCAGGGGGCGGGCGACCACCCUUUCGUUCGUCGAGGAGGUGACCAGCGUGGACAGAAGCGCGUUCCCCGACCACCCCGAGGUGGAGGAUUUCAGCGACAAGACCGUGGACCAAGACCGGCUGGCCGCGGACCAUCGUCAUCGAGCAAGCAGGCUGACGGCCUCGACUGGGCCGCAGGCCGCGUCGGCCCCGUGGCGGGCAGCCCAUGCCGCCAGAAGGCGGUCCCAUCAAGAAGUGCCUCGAGUGUGGCGAGCCGGACCGCGUGACCGAGGACUGCCCGGGGUUGAUGGGCUCAGACCGACCUGCCUUCGGUGGGCUUUGUAGCUGCGUUCUCGACAUCACAAUCGAGGAGCUUGGCUUCUACGGUUUCGCGGCCUGUAGCUUCUUCAAUGCCCGGCAGUGCCGCGGCGGCGGAAUCGUGGACAGCGGCGCAUUUCAGGGCAUGGCAGGCCAACCCUGGCUCAGCGCAGUGCAAUGCGAGAUAUCUCACCAGCGCUGAGGACCUGGUUCCAGUCGACCCAACCUACGAGGCGCAAUGCACCUUCGCCGACGGUGAGAAGGCGAAGAGCAUGGGCCGCAUCACGAUACCGUCUUUCGUCGCCGACAUUUCUGGUGUGCUGACGUUCGCAGGCCUGGCCAGAUCUUGCCCCGCGCUGUUCGGCAUGGGCCGCCUGCGGGCCCUCGGAUUCCGCGUGGGCUUCGAGAUGGGCAGGUGCGUGGUCAAGAGCUCGGCCUCCAGAGUUUAUGCCGCCCAGGCUGGCCAGAGGCCGCUCGGCGUUAGACGUUGAGGCGCCCGGCGAGUCUGUCGCCAGCGCGCAGUGGGGGCCGGGCAGCUCCCAGCUGUUUCGCCCAAAUCGGGAUUGCUCCUUGACUCGGCUAUGGCGCCGCGCGCAACCGAGUCAGGUGCAGGGAGUUUGGCGCCCGAUGUCCCCGUCUUCGCAGCCGUCGCGAGCGCUGCCACUGCGCCCCUGCCGGCUUGUUCUGCAGGCAAACGGACACAAUGUGGCAAAUCAGCUUAUGUCAUCAGCGCUGUCGGGCGCGCCUUCGCCAUCAUCCAC